CGUGGGCGGGCGGAUUUAUGCGGAUUCCUUACUUAAGGGGCACCGUAUAUAAAUCAAGUCUUGAAAGACCAAGGAUCACCCCCAAGCAGUCCCCAUCUCUUUCCCCAGCCUACUGUUCUCUUUGCCAACCACACACCUACAACGAUGGCAACCCAAGUCCAGGUCGAAAACGCCCUACUCGUCAAGGCCCGCGCCAGCGGCAGCAAGGAAGACUGCAUGGCGCUCUACGACACCUGGGCGACAUCCUACAACCAGGACCUCACCGAUGCCUCCCAGAGCUACGUCGCCCCGUUUACCGUCGCGCAAGCCGCACUCCAGCUCACCAAGAUCCCGGACGCGCGCAUCCUCGACGCGGGCUGCGGCACCGGCCUCGUCGGCGAGGGCCUCACCCGAGGCGCCGGCCAUGCAACAUCACUAACCAUCGACGGCCUAGACUUAUCGCCUGCGAUGCUGGCGGUCGCCGCCAACACCGGGGUGUAUCGCACCCUCACGAGAGCCGAUCUCACGCAACCAGUCGCCCUGCCCGCCGAGACCUACGACAUCGUGACCUGCGCCGGCACCUUCACCCACGGCCACGUGGGGCCGGACCCCGCGCUCCGCGAGUUCAUCCGCAUCCUGAAGACAGACGGGCUGAUUGUGGCGACUAUUCUGGACGAGGUGUGGGUGUCCAUGGGGUUUGACGCAGAGAUCGCGAGGCUGGUGGCCGAGGGCCUGGUGCGAGUAGUCAGUGUCGAGCUCACCGACUAUCGGAAGGGGUGGGACAAGGCGCGGCUGGUGGUGCUGGAGAAGACCGCGACUGCUUGAUAUUUUGCCCAUGCGCCCAACGUGUAUCCAGAGUUUGCUCGAAUCAUCACCCAAUGCGACAUCGAACCGACUGGCGACUUGGCCCCGUGCGACAUCCCCAAUGCGAUCUGUUCCCGAG